AUCCGGGUCAGCUGCUGCCGCUGCCGGUACCGCUGUUGCUGCCGCUGCUGCUGUGGCCGGGAAACUGGGCCCGGGUCUCCACCGCCGUCCGAGGGGAGCGGGCUCCGCUCGGCGCUACCUUCUACGACCUGGCCGUCAGCCCCACGUCGCCGGCCUGGAGGGGCGAAGAAGACGAGGGAGCCAAGGCUUCCUCCGGGGACAUUGGCUCUCUGGAUUCCCAGGAGUUUGUAGUUGACAUUGAAUCCAAGCUGAGAAUGGAAGGUGUGGAACUUAAGGAGGAAUGGCAAGAUGAAGAUUUUCCAAUACCUUUACCAGAAGAUGAUAGUAUUGAAGCAGAUAUAUUAGCUGUAGCUGGACCAGAGAGCCAGCCUGGCUCACUAGAAGUUAAUGGAAAUAAAGUAAGAAAGAAACUAAUGGCCCCAGACAUUAGCCUGACCCUGGAUCCUAGUGAUGGCUCUGUGUUGUCCGAUGAUUUGGAUGAAAGUGGGGAGAUUGACUUAGAUGACUUAGACACACCGUCAGAGAACAGUAAUGAAUUUGAGUGGGAAGAUGAUCUUCCAAAACCCAAAACUACUGAAGUUAUUAGGAAAGGCUCAAUUACUGAAUACACAUCAGCAGAGGAAAAAGAAGAUGGACGACGCUGGCGUAUGUUCAGAAUUGGAGAACAGGACCACAGGGUUGAUAUGAAGGCAAUUGAACCUUACAAAAAAGUUAUCAGCCAUGGAGGAUAUUAUGGGGAUGGAUUAAAUGCCAUUGUUGUGUUUGCUGUCUGUUUUAUGCCUGAAAGUGGUCAACCUAACUAUAGGUACCUGAUGGACAAUCUCUUUAAAUAUGUUAUUGGCACUUUGGAGCUGUUAGUAGCAGAAAACUACAUGAUAGUUUAUUUAAAUGGUGCAACAACUCGAAGAAAAAUGCCCAGUCUGGGAUGGCUCAGGAAAUGCUAUCAGCAAAUUGAUAGAAGGUUACGGAAAAAUCUAAAAUCUCUAAUCAUUGUUCAUCCCUCUUGGUUUAUCAGAACACUUCUGGCUGUUACAAGACCAUUUAUUAGCUCAAAAUUCAGCCAAAAAAUUAGAUACGUCUUUAAUUUGGCAGAACUAGCGGAACUUGUCCCCAUGGAAUAUGUUGGCAUACCAGAAUGCAUAAAACAGUAUGAAGAAGAAAAGUUAAAAAAGAAACAAAAAAGAGUUGAUCAAGAGCUUAAUGGAAAACAAGAUGAACCGAAAAGUGAACAGUAAGUUUGGCAUCCAGUCCAAACCAGACUGAAGAAUGUGCUGAUGAAGCAGUGCUCUUUUUUGCAUUUAUAAUGCAUUUAUUGGCCCUGAUUUUUAUGUAACCUGUUACAAAAUUGACUUGACAUUUUCUUCAUGGACUUUUGUAUAAGGGACUGUUCACUGCUGUAUUGGUUUGCGAAUCUUUUGAAUUUAGCUCUUUACUAGCUAAUUAUAUUGCAAUCAUUUUAUAUUUUAUAUUACUAAAUAGCAAAGAACCACACUUUAUAUAAAGCAGUUUUUGCAUCUGUUUAUUGAAUGAUGCAUCUUCUUCAGUAAAAUAUUUAUAUGCCUAACUGGUAAAGGAAAGAGAUAAUAUAUAUUUUUAUGUUUUUGAGCAAUAUUUUUUAAUGUAUACCUGUCUUGUGGAAGAGUAUGCAGGUAAAUAAGACCAUGAAUUUGUAAAGUGCAUGUUAGAAUUUUUGUUUUUGUAAAUGGUUAAAUACAUUUCCUGGGUAGCUUAGAAAAUAAAGUUGCCCUUAAGAUGAGGGACAGUUAAACUGGUUCUCAUGAAUACCCAAAGGUCAUGUACAUAAUCUAAGUAAAUUAGUACCAUCCUAAGUGUUUUUCUCACUUAAUGUGUUCUGUUUCUUAAUUCAGAAGUGCAAAUACAAGUGUGUUAGACACGUUUUCCUUUUUAAACUUAAAGACAAGUCAAAAAGCCAUCUUUAGAACUAGAGAAUGUAAGAGGCUAAGAAUUGGGGUUUGUAUAUAUGUAUAUGUGGGACAUUUUAUCUUCUGGCCGAAAGUCAGAACUUUAUAAAAAUCUUAGGUUUGUUCACUAAUGUGAAAUAAGCUCUGUGUCCAGGGUAUCACUCUCCUGAGUCUGUGUGAGUGCAGUGUAGUAUUCAGAGAAUGUGAGGAGUUAUUCCCUGUCACUACUUUUCUGUAGAAAACAGGAGCUGCUUUUUUAACUGCUCUCAAUGUGGGCACUUUACUAAAAUGCUUUCAUAUCAGUUAUUUGAACUUGGUAGGUGUUUGACCUAGUCAGAUAUGUUUUCACAUUUUCUGUUCAAUCAUGUUGACAGUACUGUAAAUUAAGUUGUUUUGUAAGACUUAGAGCAUCAUUAUAUUACAUGGUCUUGAAUGACACAUUUGAUGUAAGCAUAUAAACUUUCUUGUUCACUUUGGUAAGUAUCUUGACUCUACAUUGAAAUAAAUACUACUUAUGCCUCAAAACAGAACUUAAUUACCCACAAAAUCAUCCUAAAACAACAGAUUGGUCUGGUGUUUUGUCGCAUAUUUGCGUGACUCAUAUAUAUUUGGUAAACUUAGGACCCUCCUGAUAGGACAGUCACACCAUGCUCCAGCCUUUCCUUUAAGGUAAUUUACAAAAGAGUGUCCUGGAGUAGCAAAAUUGAAGUGGAUGAGAGCUAAGCUUUAGUAUUCUGUCUUAGACUGAACACACAUGUGGCUUUUACUAUUUUCAUUUAUUAUGGAGUUUCUAUUGCAAAAGAGAAUUUUCCUUCACUUUUUGUCCUCCUCUGUCUUAAACUUGGCAUGCUAACCUAAGUCCAAUUAUGGGAGGUGCUGGAAGAUUCCCAGGAUGAGGCCUUCUCCUUGACUUAACUUGGAUCCAGGAGAUGUAGGCAAAUCCUGAACUAAUGUCAUUGUGGUGAAGAAAGCCAAAACCAUCAUUGCUUGCUCAAAUCAUAGAAACACUUUGUGUUGAAAAAGGAAACUAACAAUAACAACGUAGGCAUUCCUUCUGAAUUUACCAAAUGAGGAUUAUGAGUAAAGGAUCAUAUGGAAUUUAGCUGUGAUCAGAGUCGGUGUUUGUACAGUGUUUUAGGUAGUCUUUCCUCUGUCUAUAAGUCUUUAUCUCACUCAGAAUACGCUGAGCUUUUUAAAUAGGUGGUUUUCCUCCACAUUAAGUACCCAGUUCUUCAGUUUCAGUGCUUUCGGUGUUUAUUGACUUUUGCUUUUGCAAGCAUUGUUCCUAACUAUGGAUACAACUUGUUGCAAAAGUGGUGCAUUUUCCUAAAUACUUUUAAGGAGAAGUGGACUGUAUUCUAUUAGAACAUUAAAACUCAGAAGGAACAGCGAUAACACUUGGGAUAUAAUGAAAGGGAUGUGUUGUGGAUCACUAGAUAAAAAGGAUAGCUGCUCUAACUUAGAUUUUAAUGGGAUCUGGUAUAGGGAAGUGCCCCAUAAUAAAUGUUUCAUAACUAUAACACUUAAGAUCCUAACUGGUAGGUUUGAGGGAAAGCGUUUAUUAAAUUUGUUAUUUGUAAUUGGUAGCCAUGUGACAUUUACCCUGUAUCAGUCAAUUUGAAUUUUCCAUUACUGAUUGAAGCGAAAGUACAUAUAAUUGUAUUAGUUUAUCUUUCUGCUGGGGUCAUGAAUCUAACUUAACUGGUUUAAUUUGAUGCUUCUGUCACUAUUAUUUUGUUAUAGUUGGGCUCUGAGUGCCUCUUUUAAGUCAAAAGUUUCUCGUAUAAAGUAGUUUGAUUGUGUUCUGCUUGAUUAUAUUCCUAAGUAGCACCGAGGAAAAUCACUAUGUUGACCCCACAGUUUAAGCUUAAUAGUCUUUAACUUGAGGAGAGGAAUAUAAAGAAAUGAUUCUAAGUAGGGCCUAGGAGGAUAGUUGGAAAGGAAGAUAACAAAACAAGGAAGAGAAAGAAAACUAUGAGGGGGUCAAGAGCUGUUACCUAAGAUGCCACUGAAUGUGUCUUGUUAAGGGAAGUAGUGUGUGUGGCAGCUGCCAUUACGAGUUUUGUAUCCAGCAGGACAACCUGCAGGUGACACACAGAAUUUGUGAAUAAGGAGACUGAGGAGUGAAAGGGGAAAAGGCUGAUGAUACCUGGAAUGAGAAUUGAUAUUUUCCUCUGCUUUGUCCCCUCAUACAGAAGCAAGUUUCAACAGAGAGGGUCAGCAAUUACAGUGCUGGAUUAAAGUUUAGGACCAGGUUAUUUUUCAUAUUUCAUGGUUGGUAAACAUUAAAGCAGCCUUCCAAAAUGGGCAUCACUAUUUGGUAACUGCGCUGAAUUCUGAAAUUUGCUGAUUGACAAGUAUAUAUUGGCAGCUAGAAUUUCUUCAACUGCGAUUUCAGAGUUUAAAAAGGUAAGGAAUCUGCUUUUGGAGAGAAGACUUGUAAAUGACUGUACAGCAUUACUAUUUGGCUGUUUUAGGAGUGCUCAGGGAAUUUGGGAGUGUUUGAUUUAAUACAGAAGUGGCUUUUUAGAUUUCUUCAGUUGAUAGAGAAACUAGUAAUUAGGAUAUAUUGGGUAGAACAGGCCAGUUUCCUGAUGAGAUUAGUAACGUAGAUAAGGUGACAGUAGCUUCUUUUUCCCGUGUUAUAUGUGUAAAAUUGCUGACGUUGCAAUUGCUCAAUCAGAAGGGAGGAAGGCAGGCUGGAAAUAAUUAAUUAAUUGCUACCCCUUUCUAUUUUUUCCCCAUCCUGUAUGGAUAUUUGAGAAAUGGAUUACAAAUCUCAGAAGAAUGCGAUAGACAGGAAUUAAUGUACUUAUUAGUUAGACUGACUAUUCUGUUAGAGUUUAUCUUGUCAUAGGGAACAGGAAUUGUAUAACUUGAGUUGCUGGGAGAGUGAGUCAGAAACUUAGACUUUCGUGGGAAAGUGAGCUGGAAAGGAAAGUGGGAGGUUAUCUACUCAGUGUUCUAAUAGCCCAGAAAAAUUGCCUAGGGAGCCUUUCACCCCCUUUUCCUGUCCCAAGAUUCUAAAUGAAUUAGACUCAGAUCAAUGGUGAGUCCCAGUAACGUAACUUUUCUUUAAAGUACUAAGUGGUGACUGAAAAUAAGGUGAUGAGUUGAACAGUAAAGAGUGGCACUAAAAUUUGAACAGAACUAUUAUUUUGUUGCAGCUAUAUAUGAUAGAUCUACUUAAUUUCAUAUGUUUUGAGAACUACUUGGAAAAUGCUAGGAAAGUUCACAUAAAGCACUUAAUAACUAAUCUAACACCAGAUGAAAAUAUAGGGUUUAAUGCUUCCAAAUUAAUAUAUUAAGCUGUUUGCUUCAGAUUGCUAUCUGAUUCUAUCUUAUAAGACAUACUACAAGAGGUUUAAACAUUUGCAUUUUGAAGUUUUUAUGCAUUUUCACAUUCAGUGUGGCUAAGGAGGAACUUGGAAAAUAAUAUUAGCUACUCCACUGCAGUUUUUGUAUACGGACUUCUAAAAUUAUGCCCCUUAAACAGUUUAUUUACAUGAACCCAGCUGGUAAAUAUUGGUGGUGUUCAGGGCUACUGACUUGCACAGCCCUUGGAGCACCACCCACACAGAACACAACUCAGAGUUUGUUCCACACUAACGCACUUUGAUAUGUAUUUCAAAACUUCAAACAUUUUUCUUACCAUAAAUCACAUGUUGCCAUUUAGACACAACUACCAUACUGUGGUCAUUUCACUCCUAUUCAGAUGAUAUUGCCUAACCCAGUGCUGUCAUUUUCCAGUGUGAGGAAUUCAGUUCUGAUGACUGUGUGCAAGAUGUUAAUGUGGUCCCUGUAAGAAAUACUAGAGUUGGUCUUGAUUUCUUGAGGAGAUGUAAUAUUUUAUUUUCCUUUCACUUGUUAGGAGUACAGUAACUUGUAUUGUUGCACAUCGUAUUCUUGCAACGUUAAUGAAUUUAAAUAAAUUAAUUGGAAAAUUUG